CGUACCCACACACCGUAUACCGUAAUUGACAUUGAUGACGGAGAACCGAGACGGAAAAUCAUGAUCGCAGUUCCUACAUUUAAGUGAUUUAACAUUAAUUUUGGUCCUGAGUUCUGAUUGAAGCAAUAUAUUUUAGAGACUGAAAAUGACAUAAGCACAUAUAUACAUGUAUACAAUAUAUGGAGUCCAAGUUGAACUUCAAGUUAGAAUGAGAAGACUAACCAAGUAUGGUGGAUGGGGAUUACCAUGAUCUACCCAGGCAGUUGAUUGCUGCCUGUGAGUGCGGGGACCUUGAUGCUGUCCAACAGAUUCUGGACGAUGAUGCAGCAGCCAUCGAGGUGGACUGUGAUGGGGGCGAAGGCUUCACACCUCUGCAAAUCGCAGCAGCCAAUGGGCACGAGAACAUUGUUCGUCUUUUGCUCAUGCGUGGUGCCGGCCUAGAUACCCAGAAUAGCUAUGGCUGGACAGCCCUGAUGCAGGCAACCUACCAUGGAUUUACCAACAUCGUUGUCCUUCUCCUGCAGAACAAAGCCAAUCCUUCCAUACGGAACAAGAUGGGCGCGACGGCCUUGACACUCGCCGCUUUCAAAGGACACUCGGACAUCGUGAAUAUAUUCCUAGAUCUAUCGGGUGUUGACACCAACGGUCAAAUGACAGGUGAUAUCUAUGGACCUGUCUUGAAACCUACGUUGGCAGCCAUAAUGAAGGGUCAUCAAGCCAUUCUCCGCCAGCUCAUGAACAGGGGCGGUGAUCAGUUCUUCACAGACCCAGGAACUGGUUGGACCUUGCUAAUGGUUGCAGCAUUGAGUGGACAUGUUUCUGCAGUGCAAUACUUGGUUGAUUCAGGAUGCAAUCCCAAUGCCUUAAAUAUUAAUAACAUGACAGCGUGUGAUAUUUCUGUCUUGUGUAAAAACAAGAGAGCAAAGGAGUUCCUGGAAAAGAAGACUAUCAACAGACCAUCUGCAGGGGACGAUAGUACAGAGUCUCAAAUCAUUGAAGCCACUGAACAAGGAGACCUGAAGCUUGUCCAGCGUAUUCUUGACAAGGACCCCAUGCAGAGCAACUACACUUCUGUAGAAGGUGCCACGCCCCUCAUGAUCGCCGCUAUGUUGGGCAGGAGGGACAUUGCCGAGACCUUGGUCCAAAGAGGGGCCGAGAUCAACCGUCAAGAUGUCAAGAGCGGAUGGACAGCCCUCAUGCAGGCCACAUUCCACAGGAGAAAAGACGUAGUGAAGUACUUGAUCCAAGCUGGUGCUGAUCUCAACAUUCAGGCCCGGGACGGCUGCAAGGCCCUGGAUCUUGCUCUGGUCAUCGUAUCAGAUGAAACGGACAAAGUUGGCAGUGAAUUGACCCGUCUCCUAGCUCCUAUCACACUGCUCUCUGUUGGCAACGAUCAAACCACUCCAGAGGUCAAAGUUCAAGAGAACGGUCAGAUGUGGUCAACGAGACUGAAUAGCGUAGACCAGAUGGAGGACCAGGAGGAUGCCAAACAGUCUGGUCUCAAGGCAUGGUGGUCUCGAAUGUCGAACCGGUUCCGCAAUCUGAAGCUUACUCGCACAUUACGGGGAGGGCUCGGGUCCACCACGAAGCUCAUCCCCUUCCCGGAUGAGACAGCCAGACCGGACGAAACCCUGAAGAGCAUGGGCAGCAGUUCAUACGUCAACGGAGGAGAACCUUCGCCAGUCAAAGAGGUCAGCAAACAUCAAAGAAGGAAAUCCAAGGAAGGGUCUCGUGUUUCUUUCUCAAAAGCAAGCACCAAACCCGAACCUGUUCAGCCAUUGGACAUGCAAGCACCUCAUUCCAAGAAUAAUGACAAACUACUCCCGGUAAUUCCACCCUUUCUACCUCCUCCGAGCUUUGAGCUUCACAAUGCAGACAAGUCAAGGAGGUCACACUCCAAAGCAAAGGGUAUGGGACCUGGAAGGCCAAGCACGGCACUAUCGAGUAACACCACCAGCACCACCUCCACCUCUGCCACCUCGACCACCAACACCAGUCGCAUGCCACGCCCCAUGUUUACCACCCGUAGAAGCACUGGCAUUAGCCCAUCUAAUUCUGCCCAUUUCAGUAGCACCAUCAGCCCCAGUUCAUCAGGAGAAGCAUCGGCACUCAGCAGGGGUCUGCUAUCGGCCAGGAAGCAAGGACAUUCUUCAUCGUCCGGAGUUCUGUCCAGUCGGGUGCUUCAUGGGUCAACGACCAGCAGAGCAGGUGAUAGCUAUGGGUCUGUAGCUCCAGUAGAAGACCAACUUGGAUCCAGGAAGCGAUAUGCUUCAGCGUCAUCAGUUCCAUCUCUAGCACAGAUACCGUCCUCACCCCCUUCCCAGCCUAGCAACGAAUCUCACACUCCCACCUCGAAUCCCCCAAACCGACGCCACUCCGCGAACCUCACUGCCGCAAACAUAGGCUCCAACUCAUCUCUCCACCGUCCCAAGACCAGGUCCCACAGCGGCAGUGCAUCGACCCGUGGGAGCACCUCCUCCACGCUCACCCCGACCCCAUCCCCCAUUCCAAUGGGGAGGGGGAGGAUGAGUGGUGGAGGGUCCAGUCACAGUGGAGGAGGGGGGAGUUCUGGGGGUGUCCAGAGGGAAGCAUUCCAAGGUGGCAGGAAGACCAGUGCUGGUAGUAGCAGCAUCAGUGAAGAAGAUGAAUUAUCAAGCCUGCUAAAGAAGCUAUCAUUAGAGAAAUAUGCACCGAUAUUUGAAGAACAAGAGGUUGACAUGGAAGCCUUUCUUGCUCUCAAUGACUCUGAUCUCAAGGAGAUGGGUAUCCGGCAUAAGGAGCCUAGGAAUCAGAUACUUACAGCCAUUACCCAGAUGAACUCUGGUAAGCAUCAAGAUGACCAUGACAACUAUUCACCUUCUGUGACGAGGUAUGCCUUUCAGAGGUGAUUCAGAACUUGAUAGGAGACCUCAGAAUCCUCAAAUGAAAUCUGGUGACCAACACAAUGUCCAUGACAGCUAUUCACCACUAGGUCUGCCUUUAUUAGGUUAGUCAGACCUUGACAGACAACCGAUGGAACUAGGAAUUGGAUAGUCAUUGCUUAGAUUGACCCUGUUAAAAUAACAAGAUGGCCAUGACAGGUAUUCAUUUCUUGGUACUGGUAUGCCUUCAAGAGGUGAUUCAGACCUUGACAGACAACCGAUGGAACUAGGAAUUGGAUACAGUCAUCGCUCAGAUGAACUCUGAGCAACGAUAUGGCCAUGACAACUGUUCACCGCUAGGUAUUUCUUUCUGAUGCAGCUCAAACCUUGACAGAAAACCUCGGGACCUCAGAAUCCCUACAGUGUAGAUGAAUCUUUUUAAGCAACAAGAUGGCCAUGAAAUAUUUUCACCUUCUAUGACUAGGUAUGACUCAAAGGUAAAUCAAGAACCUCUGGGUCUCAAUUAUUGAUACACAUACAAAGUAAAUGUCAAUAGCAAAAUAGCAUGAAAUAUUUGAAUGUAGAAUAUUUGAAAUUCUAAAUUUAUUAAAAAACUAAUUCGGUUUGGAUUAACAGGCCUACUUGACAAUAUCAUAUCCAAAGAACUUGUAUCUCAAACAUCACACCAAAUAAGGUUUUGGACAAUCAGAAUUGUACAUGUAAAUACUGCCUAAUUGAAAUGAGGCACUGGCAAUUUAAUUGUUCGCUAUUGCCCAUUUCAAUAUCACUCAUGGCUAUAGUGUUAUAAACCGUGAAUGUAUUAUCGUCAGUCAUGUGCUAUCACCUUUAUUCAGCCUUUUAAAUGUCAUAUACAUUUAUAAUAAUGCUAGAAUAUGGAAUAUUCAUCACUUGAUUAGAGCGUAAUGUCUUCAACAAAGAUGGCUGAUCUAUUAUGCAAUACUUUACAAAGCUGAUAAGUGCUAUUUUAUUGUACUAUAGUUAUUUUAGUUUCAUGAACUGUGUUUAGAUGGAAGAAAACUAAUGAAUUUUACAUUAUGCCAUUUGUACUUUUAUGCUUCUGCCCAUGGUAGGUGGUUGAAGUAACGUUUUCGGGUUGUCUGUCUGUUGGGUCCGAACAGUUACAAGUUAAUGAUUUUGGAGCAGAAAUCAGUGAUAUCACCUUGAACAUCUUACACAAUAGGGCACAGGAUAUGUUAGCUUGAUAAUUGAUAAAGGAGUGCUAUUUCAAUGCUAUGCAAAUAUACUAUUAUAUAACCUUAAAAAACAGGGUCAAAGUAAAUUUCCAAAACCAUUUAUAUUGAAAAAAGGAAAAUGUUAAAACAUGUUGGAAGUUUUUAUUAUGAACGAAUAUGAACAUUCGUAGUAUAAAUGUAUGUAAUAUUCAAAUGACAUUCUGUGUCAUUGUACUGUAGUUAUUUAUUUACUUUUUUCUAAUUUGCAGAGUUUAAGAUCUUGGCGCACACCUUGAAAGUAGUUGUGAAUAUCAGUAAUUUAAAUUUUACCAAGAUAUGUAAAUAAUGUGUGAUUCGUAAACAAAUACAUAAAUAAUGAUUGGCAUUGUUUGACAAGAAGGGGAUUUUAUUUUCUCUGGGUGAUGGAUUUGUGAGAUUCUUUUGUCUGUUGCAAGGUAAAAAUACAUUUUAUCUCGUUUUAAAAAGCAAUUUCCUCUCCUCCCCGCCAAACUAAUUUGAUCAAUAUAAGUUAGGGAAUCAUCAUCACCCACCCACAUAUUCUUUUGUAUUUUACUCUACAAAAUAUGACAUACAUGUAUUUUAAUUUUCUCCUCACUGAGAUGUGAAAAAAAGUUUGAAUUUUACUUGAACAUGUUGAUUUGUCUUGUGAAAACUCAUAACUCUCAUUUCAAAUCCUAUUUCAAUGAAUUUUUCAGCAUUUACUGUUUGAUUUUUCUCUUUACAUUCAAAUCACCUUUUUCUUGGGCUGGACUUCCCCUUUGUGAUCUUUAAAACAAUAUAGUUGUGUUUCCUUUGAAUGAAUGUGAAUGGUAUUUGGUUAACUCUUUGUUUUUUCCAACUUGAAAGCAACUCAAUUAAGUAUGGAUGUGAAUGGUAAGCAAUCUUAAAUGACAUUUUGUUCUUGCUGUAAAAUUAAGGAAUGUAUUGAUUGUGAAAUUAAGAUAUUGGCAUCCACCAGACACCACAAUACCCAUUACCCACUUACGCCUCGAUUUCAAACAAGAUGUGUAUGCAGUUUUAUAAAUUAUAUCAAGCAUAGGAAAUGUGUUCCCUACUAAAUUUUCUACAUCUACAAUGUACAUCAUGUGAGUACAGAAGUAUGAUAAAUCCUUACCAUAACUCAUUGCAGUCCAAGAUACAAUUUUAAGCCCAUUUGGCCUUUCUCUUACCAACCCACAGGUUUGAAGUCAGUAUUGGUAUCCUAUAUUCUGAAGAAUUAUCAAAUUUGUCUGCAGAUUUGUCGUGUAGUUUGUGGUGGGCUGUAUAGACCACACAUGUUAAUAUAAGAUAAUGUAAGAAUGCAAAAUUAUAGGUCAUGAUGCUGUGGAUUUGUUAAAAAUAAUAUUUUCAUAAUUUUUUCCCUUUUAUAGGUAUGUUUGCAGGUGUUCCAGUCAAUAAUCUGUUCACCAUUUCAGAUUGUUUUUUGUCUGCAAGUACAGUAUUAUCACCAUUAUUCUGGGUUACCUUCUAAACUAUAAAUGAUCAUUCUGUGGAGAACUUUAAUUUUUGAUUUAGGAAUUUGAACACAAUACUAAAUGAGCAAUGAGGUGUUUUGUUUAUUAACGAAAUACAAUAUAUCCCUCCGACAGUGAUUUUUAGGUCAUUAGGGAAAUAAAUAUAAAUGUUCAUGUAUUUAUUAUUUGAAACCUACAAUGUGCUUCCAUUAUCACAAUUGACUCAGUACUACAUGUAUUUUGAUUGUAUUAUGUUUAUAGACAUGUAUUCAUCCUUGACAAGUCUGUCCAUUUUGAUAAAUAAAUCGGAUGCUAUUUAUUAACAAAA